CUAGCAGUCGCUUGUUGAGUGUCAACGGCGCACCGUUGCCUCACUCCUUCACUUUAUUCACUUUUCGCGUAUAAUCAGUAGAUAAAAUCAAAACACUUGAUUACAAAAUUUGAUCAACAUGGUGUACGUGAUCAUCUUGUCGCUGAUAGCCGGCACCUUGGGCCUCUAUUACUUCCUCUUCAAGGACCGGAACUUCUUCAAGAAACAUAACAUCCCGCAUAUUAGGCCACUGCCUUUGGUAGGCAACAUGGGACCGCUGAUUUUUCACAAGCAAUCUAUGGCUGCGAUCGUAAAGGAUAUAUACAACGUGCAUCCCAAGGCCAAGUACAUUGGCAUGUACGAAUUUACCAGGUCGAUAGUUGUACUACGUGACCCUGAACUCAUUAAAUCCAUUGUGCUGAAGAACUUCGAAAUAUUUCCGAAUCAUGUCAGAUUCAUCACGGAGGAUCAAGAUCCAUUGUUUUCCAAUAAUCUGUUCUUCCUGCAAGAUGAUAGGUGGCGAGAGGUACGAAAUGUGUUGAGCCCGGCUUUCACAUCCAGCAAGAUGAAAGGUAUGUUCAAGUUGAUGUCGGACUGCGCCGCCAACUUCGGCAAAUUUGUGGCGGAAUUCCCGCCGGAGCAGAGGAUGAUGGAUAUGAAGGAUAUUUUCACAAAAUACACCAACGAUGUGAUUGCCACCUGCGCCUUCGGCGUUAGCGUUAAUUCUACGCGUGACCCGAAGAAUCUCUUCUACGUGUACGGCAAAGAGGCUACUAAUUUCGACAGAUUCGUCACUUUCAUGAAGUUUCACAUAUUCAGGAACCUGCCGUGGCUGGCGAAAGUAUUCAAAUUGAGAAUGAUUCGCGCAGAGAUCGCGGAAUUCUUCCGGAAACUCGUGGAAACCACCAUCAAGACCAGGGAAGAACAAGGUAUCGUUCGGCCAGACAUGUUGCAGUUGAUGAUGGAAAGCAGAGGAAAGAAAGAAGGUAGAAAAGAUCUAACUAUCAACGAAAUGACUAACCAAGCUUUUAUUUUCUUCCUCGGCGGCUUUGAUGGGACCUCGACGUUAAUGUGCUUUGCCGCGCAUGAAAUCGCGGUUAACAAGGAUAUUCAAAAGAGACUACAGAACGAGAUCGACCAGGUCUUGGAGGAUACGAAUGGUGAGUCGCCGUAUGAUAUAGUCAACAACAUGGAAUACAUGGACGCUGUUGUGAAUGAGACCCUCAGGAUGUACCCGAUCGCCGUAAUAAUGGAUAGAGCAUGCAAAAAGGACUUUGAGUUGCCGCCAACGUUACCAGGCGUGAAGCCCUACACCGUGAAGAAAGGUCAAGUUAUUUGGGUACCCGUUUACGGACUCCACCAUGAUCCAAAGUACUUCGAGGAACCCGAAAAAUUCAAUCCCGAAAGGUUUCUUGGCGAACAGAAAAAACAUAUUCACAACACCGGAGCUUAUUUGCCAUUCGGCUUAGGCCCCAGGAUGUGCAUAGGUAACCGAUUCGCUCUGCUAGAAACCAAAGUGUUACUCUUUCACCUGCUGGCACGUUGCGACCUGCUGCCUUGCGAGAAGACGGGGAUACCGCUCGAGUUAGCCAUAGCUGGUUUUGUUACGAAAGCUAAGGGAGGUUUUUGGCUGAAGGUGAUACCGAGGGAAAAACCUCAUCACACUAUCACAGUUAACAAUAUUAACGGCGCGUAGAUCCUAUAGAGGAAUUUUUGUUGACUGGUCAGAUAUGUAAAUAAUAUGGGUGGCACGAAAUUAUUGCGAAAUAAAAUUCAUCCCAAAUAUUAAUAUACUUUCCUCAAGAGAAAUAUAGCAUCGAAAAAUGAUAAGGAAUAAUAUUUGAAAUUUUAAUGAUUAUUACUCCAUGAAAAAUUAUGAAUAUCUUUUCCUUUUUAAUUUUAUAAUAAAAUGGCUACUCUUUAAGGAGCUGUUGUUGGAUUUCUGUCUCAUGAUAUUCUUUAUUUCCUUAAUUAUUUUAUGUCACCUUUGUUUUCAACAGUGUAAUUGAAAUCAAAACUAAAUAUCCCAUGUUAUAAAAUUUCGAGAUUGCAAGUUCUCAGAUAAGUAAUUGUUGCGGUUGAUUGUGCAAACAUGACAGAGGUAACUUUUUUCUAUAUGUUAAUACACAAUUUUGUUAACUAUAUUUUAUUUUUUAAUAACCAAAAUACAAACAUGUAGCAACGUGGCCGGUUUCACUAGUCUAGCAGCGCAAAGUCAGAGAGCCAUAUAUAAAAUUUGUAUCUUGAUUAGCAAUUACGAGGUCUACGCGAGUAGUCACCACAGUUUUCGUGUCCACCCUUAAUUAUGGGUCAAUGUUGCUUAAUUUUAUUCUCUCACGAUCAAGAAUAUUAAUACAAAAUUUAUACUCGUUCAAUACUUCGUACACGAUAUGUCGAGAAUAUUAUACAAGAUACAAAAAAAAAAAUUCAAAAAUUUACUUGUUUGUUACGUUAAAUUAUUUUUUGUUUAAUUUUUUGACUGAAAUAUUCCGAUUUUAAUGAAACAGAAAAAACAUUGGACUAUUAUUUGUAAAUGUGGAUUUUAUAAUAGUAUUAGAGAACAACCUAUAUAAUUUUAUAGAAUACAUAUUAAAAUAUAUAAAAAUUAUAAAACGUC